UUUCAAGUCGCUGGGAGACACACUCCCAGUUACAAGAACUCUGCAAGACAAAAUUACCCCGCGUGCAAGCGUCCCUGUCAAAACACAGUCAAAACAGGGAUGGACUACUUCGCAGGCUUCCAGUACCGGGUGGGCCAGAUGUACGUGGGCCUGUACAUGGGGCUGUUUAUGGCGAGGCUGGUGCAGUGGUACCCGGUGCCAGUGAUGGCGGCACUGAGUGGCGCUCUGGUGGUGUGGGUGGCACUGGUGUGGUUGGUGCUGGACGAGCCCUCGUAUCCGCUGCUGCAGCUGUCGCACUUCCUGCUGCGCUUCCCAAUGACGGUGGUGUUCCUGGUGGUGGGCAUCGUGGCCGGGAGCUUCUGCGACGAGUCUGGCCGCUGCCUGUACCGCGCCGACCCCCCCGCCCCGCCGUGAAGGCUGUCUCCAUCAUACUCAAAAACGCUUUAGUAAAUUGUGUAACUCGAUAAUAAAUGUUUUUUAACAUUGUUUACUCAAAACAGCAUUAGGAUAACCCUUUUGUGUGUAAACUGUAUGUGUAAAAAUUAAAACUGAACCAUGUUUUGAGGAAA